AUGCGUGAUCGUGCUCAGCUUGAUGCUAAAUCACUCGCUGUUCUUCAUCACUUGGAGUCCUACGUCAACGGCGACGAGCAAGCUGAUGCAUCUAUAGUUUCUGACUACAUAAGGUUCAUUGGAAUGGACCAUGCAGUGGUGGCGGGGCCUGGAGACAUACUUUCGAGUGCUGUCUUGACAAGCUUUGUUCCACUUCUCUCCAGGAUCUUAAAUUGUGACUUGUAUGCUGACAUAUAUGUUCAAUUGUUGACAGCCAUGUUGGAACAAUUGUCAUUUGGAAAUGUCACUAAAUAUUUCUCUGAAGAGAAUGUAAUGGAAGCUUUGAACUCUUCUCAAUACGCAGUUGUCUACAUGGCAAUUCAUGUCGUGAAGGUCAAUUUGUCCCGUGGAGACGUUGAAGUUGCCAAAUUUUUAGUGAAGUUUCCAGCCUUGCAAUCGCUCACUAAGAGAUUAUUGGAUUCAGUUGAUGUUCCAACUCGCAUAGUGUCUGAUACUGAAGAAUGCAUUCGAAUAUUUGCAGGGCUGGAACACUUCAACAUCGCCGGAUGGGAAUUCAUUGAAGAUGUGCAUAAAUCUAGUGCCAUGAAUGAUGCAAGUCUUUUGGGACGUUACUUGUCGGUUAUCCAAUCUUUAGCGCUCAAAAUCUCUUCUGAAACAGCACGUCUUCUUUCGGACUUUGACAUGACAAAAAUCCUCAAUGAGGACCCCGAGACCGCUGACCCAUUUUUGGCAUCGAUGCUUAUUGCAUUCUACUCGUUCAUGUUGACUAAGGUCCCCUUCUAUCUGAUUCAAAAACCUGUUGAUCAGUGUGUUCAAGACUUCGCUAAACGUCGCCAAGAAGACAGAUUCGAUUUUAUUGUCGACCCUACUUUGAUGGAUUUGUUGUCGAGGGCGUCCCUCGCUUCGAAUGAGUCCCAGAGCUAUUUAAAGUUGGAGUUCGAAAGGAUUCCACUGUUGACCAGGUUUGACUUCUCCUCCCCUGAAGAUGUCCGGUACUUUUGCAAACUUGACUUGUCCGUGAUACCCAGGAAGGCCGAAUUCUUCGACAGCAAUUUCACGAGUUGGACGUUCCAGAAUCUGUCGUAUGCACAUUUUCGUUGCUUGAUUCAUUUGAUUGAUAAUGAGGAGCUAUUUGCAAUGCUCGUCGACAGCGCUAAGCUAGAAGAAAAAGUUUUGAUCAAGCUCCCACAUGAUCUUCUUUAUGAGUUCGCUGAGAGAGUAACUAGGUAUGAUUACUCUGCAACCCAGCUUUUCCGCCAGCCUUAUCUUGUCCUUAAUCAGCUCAUAGUAGCGGAUCCGGCCAUAGUGAAUCCAGAGAUCUGGGAGUUGAAGAAACAGGCUUUGCAGAAUUUAUUGUUGUACAGAAACGUCGACAUGGGAGCUUGGAAACAAGCUCUCAUGAGCUGCUACAAGGAAAUGCUUAAUGGCCGCCUCGUGAAGUCCGUGGAACCGAAAGUUGAUGUUACAGAUGAAGCUAUGUAA